AUGUUUACCGGACUGGUUGAAACCAUCGGGACGGUCUCGUCUCUUGAGCCCCUCGACACCACAGCAAGCGGCGGCGGGGGCACAUCUCUAACGAUCACCGAUUGCGAGACUAUUCUCACCGAUGUGCAGCUGGGCGAUAGUAUUAGUGUCAAUGGAACCUGUCUGACUGUCACGGCCUUUGAAAAAUCAUGGUUCAAGGUCGGAGUCGCCCCCGAAACUCUCCGCCGUACAAAUCUAGGCGCCUUAACGGAAACUUCUCAAGUGAACCUCGAGCGUGCUGUGAAAGGCGAAACCCGGAUGGGCGGACACAUGGUGCAGGGUCACGUCGACACAAUUGCGAGAAUUAUUGCCACGACGCCUGAUGAGAAUUCAUUGGUUCUCCGUCUUCAACCCCGCGAUCGUACUACUUUACGGUACAUUGUUGAAAAGGGGUUCAUUACGCUUGACGGAGCAAGCUUGACGGUUACGCAGGUGAAGGAUGGAGAGGAUGGGUGGUUUGAGAUUAUGCUUAUUGCGUAUACGCAGGAGAAGAUUGUAACAGCCGCAAAGAAGGUUGGGGAUUUUGUGAAUGUGGAGAUUGAUGUCAUGGCGAAGUAUGUUGAGAAAGGAAUAGAGGCCUACUUUGCUGGAACAGCAGGGGGUAAUAUGAGCAUUUUGGAGAAGAUGGUUGAGCGGAUAGUCGAAGAGAAGCUGAAGCGAUAA